UAACGUAGGGUAACGUCACACCGAAGAGCGUGCAUAUCACGACAUGUUGAGACGUCCAUUUUAGACAAAGAAUGUACACUGUUUUUGUGACGUUUUUACAGAUUUUAUAACCAGGAGUUCCAGAACAGAAGUAAACGUAAUAUAUUGAAACAAAUGGCAGAGAUGGAACCUUUCAUAAAAACUGUUAUAUCUCCAAAAAGAGAACCAAAGAUGUUACCGAAAUUAUCUGAUGAAAAGAUACUUGAUGUGUCUUGUGGGAAUUUGAGAGGAAGGCUCCACAGAGAACUAUUUACAUGUCCAGGGAUACACAGAGAGUGUAUAGAGCUUGAAGAUCAAACAUUUGUCACUCCCAAAAAAUUCAUGUACAUGGGAGAGAAAGCCAGAUUAAAGGACUGGAAGAAUGCAGUUAGGAUUAAUGGCAUCCAAGUCAGGAAACAUAUAGAUGCAGGACAGUUGACAUUUUGGAAUCAUGAAAAGAUGUGCACUGGAAGAUGUCAGGCCAGAACGGCUACACGGCCUGAUUCUGUAGUAUACAACAUCCCUCAACCCACCAGUUACCAAACCCCAGUAACCCUGCUCACCACAACAGCAGAAAACGGAACCAUGAAAAUACAGAGUGUGGCUAGUGGUGAGAGAGUUCCAUGGGAUGAGGAUAUUUCAGAGGAACAAGAGGAUAUCAAACCGGAUCUGGCUCAACUUCAACUCCAGAUGAUAGAGAAUAUGAACCAGGCUCAGAGAAAGAUCCAGUCUACACUCAGCCUUAAGACUCCAGUCACCUAUCCAGAUAUCCAGGGGGAAACCACUGAUGAGGAUGGUGAUCAAUUAGAGGAUAGGACCCUCUGGAAGGGAAUCGUGGAGUUGGGAUUAGUUGAUGAAUUUUUCCGAGAAAUUAAGGCAUCUUUGGAUGUCCUCAAAAACAGAAUGGUCAGACGAAUGGUUCCUCUAGAAGAUACCAGAGUGAUCUCCGUGAUUGUGAAACAGCUGGGGCUGAUGUCAAAAAUGAAGUACAAACUAGAAGCUCACCAGAUUGACAUGGAAAAACAGAGAAUUCGACUAGAUAGAGAAAUGGAGGAUUUGCAAAAGAAGGUUAGAGAGUAUGAGCAGAAGAAAGAGGUACUGAAGCGUAAAAGUGAAUGUUUCACACAGCUGUUGGAUAUGACAAACAAAGAGUCCUUGCCUGAGACCAAGAGGAGUAGGUGUGACGAGACAGCUUCACCUGUUCAACUCAUUUUUGCCAAUGCUGGUUCAGCGUCCAACUCUGAUUUUGAAGAAGGAUACAAUGAAGAUGAAAGCAUAUCCAUGGAAAAUUGUGACAACUCCACAGAAAUGUGUGUGAUGAAAAGUAUCAAUGGUGACAACAGCACACAAGUGAGAGUCAUUAAAAAUGUCACAAACAACGGAAUGUGUAUUGAAUUUGAGAAUGAAAGUCAUGAUGUAAAUGAAGAUGAGAAUGACACUAGUGAAAGUGACAAGCAUUCAAAGGUGCCCAUCAAAGCUGAUGUGAAGCAAGCAACUAAGCGUGAUUCCAAAGCAGUGAAAGGUGGGGAACACGUGAGGAAAACUGCUCGUCCAAGAAGGAGCACUCAGAACAAAGAAUACGUGUCUUCAGAAGCCAUCUCUGAUUGAGGCUGUGAAAUCCAUCACUUACAUUUACCUUGUAUGUUUAAAUUCUGAUACUUUUUGAAAUGUUUCAAUAAGCAAACUUUGCUGAAUAAUUCCAUUUAUGCAAUAUUAUAUACUUGUAUAUAUAAAGUGUGUACAGUGUUCUUUUUACAAAAUUAUUCAUAUAUCAAAUGUAAACUCAUAAAUGAAAUCAUCGUUAGAUCUCAUGCUGUAGGAUUUUUCUUUCUUUUCCAUUUUUUCUUAUUCCAUAUUUACUUGUUUAUAAAUUUAUAAAUCAUGCUCAAAUUUCUCUGUUGAGAAAAUACUGCCUAGCAAAAUUCAAGUGCAAGUAAAUGGGUUAAUAGUU